CAUUGUGCAGCCGGUGAAGAAACAAAACCCGGAUCAACAUGGACAAUCGGAAACGGCCUUUGGCGGCAGUUCUGAGCCCCAGUGACGGCUUCAAAACGCUGGAGAAGCGAGUGUCAGUGGCCCGGCUGCACGAGUCCGACUACUCGCAAUGGGGCGUGGAGGAAACGUGUCAGUAUCUGCAAAGAGAAGGUCUCGGAGCAUGGGAAGAUAUAUUUAGAGCACAAAGAAUCACUGGUGUCGGGCUGCGCUAUCUCGAGGAUGUUGACCUGGAGAAGAUUGGCAUAGAGUGCCUUGGUGACCGCAAGCAGAUCCUGUACAGCCUCAGGAAGCUGUGGCAGAUAGAAGCAGAGACAGGCAAGGUGUUUAAUGAUCCCAUCCACGGGCAUGUGGAGCUACACCCGCUUCUCAUCAAAAUCAUUGAUACACCUCAGUUCCAGAGACUACGAUACAUCAAGCAGCUCGGCGGGACAUACUUUGUGUUUCCUGGAGCAUCUCACAACCGCUUUGAACACAGCAUUGGGGUUGGUUACUUGGCAGGACAACUUGUACAAGCUCUGAACGCGAAGCAGCCAGAACUCCUCAUCUCUCACAGAGACAUCCUUUGUGUGCAGAUCGCUGGGCUGUGCCAUGACCUGGGACAUGGGCCAUUUUCUCAUACGUUUGAUGCGACUUUCCUCCCCAAAGCACGACCAGACACUAAAUGGAAGGUAAGAAAUGACUUGAUUUAG